AUGACUUCUAUUGCAGCAGAAGAAAAAGGGUUUGUUGGUAAGUUUACAUCUGCUGUUUUAAUUUCAGCGAAAUCUGCUGAUGUUGGAAGUUCUGCGUUAGAAUUUGUUGUUAGAGCGGCUAAAAAAUGCGUUAGUCUUGGUAUUGGAGUAAAAAGCGAUAGGGAUUUCAAUGGUUUCAGUCUUAUAUCCUCAUCAUUGCUUGAAUAUUGUCUGGUUUAUUUGAACAUGUACCAGUGGUUAGGAAGGACUUGUUCGGUUGAGCGCACACAGAAAAGAGCCGUGGGGUUCUGCUGCUAUUUUUGGUUUGUGACUGAGACUGUUAGUUAA